AUGGAGGGACUCUUCACUCUGCUCGCUCUGAGCAUUGUGAUGGCCGUCACAUCUUUCGUUGUCGGAUCAUUACCUCUCGCUUUUACCCUCUCCCCCUCCCAACUUCGGUUAAUUUCCUCGAUUGGUAUGGGAGUUCUAGUGGGGACUUCAUUGAUUGUUAUUAUACCAGAGGGUGUCGAAACACUCUACAGCUCUAGUAAUGCAGGCCGGAAGAGCCUGAGCACCCGAUCAGCUAAGGCCGACUGGCAGCUGCAGGGGCUUCCCGUUGCGGCACGAUCUAUAUUCGACACCGAUAAUGAUGCCUCUGUACAGACAACCACGGCUGUCCCAUCUUUAAUGUUGGAUGAUGAGGCUUCAGCGCCAGUUCAUCAGAUAGAUCAACCUUCUAAUAAGGAGUCUGAGCUUCGUUCUCGAAAGGAAGACUCGAGUGAGUCCUCGAGCAAAGAAGAAGCGGAGGAGGAAAGCUCCCCGCAUGCAUGGAUCGGAAUCGCACUGGUCAGUGGCUUUAUUCUGAUGUACCUGGUUGAUAAACUGCCAGAAUUCGCAUCGCCAGCAAAGAGCGAACGAAUUCCCUACCACAUCUCUCUUGAUAAUCUUGGGUCGGGGUUGAGACGCAACUCUUCACCUUCUCGUGAUGGCGGGCUCUUGAAUGCCGGCCAUUCAAGCUCGCGACCUGGGCACAGCUUUGCUACAACUACCGGUCUGGUGAUUCAUGCUGCGGCCGAUGGUAUCGCGUUGGGAGCUUCGAGCAGCGAUACUGGGCUGAGCUUUAUCAUAUUCUUGGCUAUUAUGGUACAUAAAGCGCCUGCAUCUUUUGGCUUAACUUCGAUCCUGUUGAAGCAGGGCUUGUCGAGUCGGACGGCUCGGGCGCAUCUCUUGGUUUUUAGCUUGGCGGCCCCUGUUGGUGCACUUGCUACUUUCCUCUUUGCACAUAUGGUGGGAUCAUCCAGUGGCGACGAGGCUGGCUCUCAAUGGCGGACUGGAAUGCUAUUGCUUUUCUCCGGUGGCACCUUCUUGUAUGUGGCAAUGCAUACCAUGCAAGAGAACGGACCUGGCUCCAAUGUACGGGAAACACCGGUGAAUGGGUAUGGGGACUCCCGCGACUCGUCGGAUGGAUCAGACAAGUCGAUGAGAGACUUGAUUGCAUCUGUGGUAGGUAUGAUAUUACCGCUGUUCCUGCAGAUCGGCCAUGCCCAUUAA